CAUUUUCAAACCCGAAAAAACAAAACGUUUCUCUAGUCGAUCACACUAUUACACCAGUCAACGAAGCUUAACGAAAUGAGAUCGGAAUCGUUGACUUUGGUCCUAGUCAACUUCGCGGCGAUAAUGGAGCGUGCCGACGAGUCCUUGCUGCCCGGAGUUUACAAGGAGGUCGGAGCUGCCCUGCACGCCGACCCGACCCGAUUGGGCUCGCUCACACUGCUCCGAUCCAUAGUCCAGUCCGCUUGCUACCCACUCGCGGCCUACCUCGCCGCCCGCCACAAUCGGGCCCGCGUCGUGGCUGUCGGAGCUUUUCUUUGGGCCGCCGCCACCUUUCUCGUUGCCAUGUCUUCCACAUUCGCCGAGGUAGCAAUUUCUAGAGGUUUGAAUGGGAUUGGGCUUGCUAUAGUUACCCCAGCAAUUCAAUCUCUUGUUGCUGAUUCAACGGACAGCAGCAACCGCGGCACAGCUUUUGGAUGGCUACAAUGUACUGGGAACAUUGGAGCGAUCGUUGGCGGGCUUUUAUCAACCUUAAUAGCUGAAACGUCCUUUAUGGGUAUACCUGGCUGGAGAAUAUCUUUCCAUCUAGUUGGAUUACUAAGUGUCAUUAUUGGCGUUUUGGUGUAUCUGUUUGCAAAUGAUCCCCUCUUUUAUGACAGUGAUGGAAACAAGAAGGAUCAUUCUCCACACAAUAAAUCAUUUCACGCUGAAGCGGCAGAAAUCAUUAGAGAAGCGAGAGCAGUUUUAAAGAUAGCAUCUUUCCAAAUACUUGUUGCUCAAGGGGUGUCUGGCUCAUUCCCAUGGUCAUCUCUGUCUUUUGCGCCCAUGUGGCUAGAGCUUGUUGGCUUCUCUCACAAAACAACCGCUCUACUUUGGACUUUAUUUAAUGUUGCUGGAUCUCUAGGAAGCUUGUUUGGCGGGAUGAUGGGAGAUGUCCUUGCUAAACGCUUUCCAAAUGGUGGAAGAAUUGUUCUUUCGCAGAUUAGCUCUGGUUCGGCCAUCCCCUUGGCUGCAAUUUUGCUGCUAGUUUUGCGUGAUGAUCCUUCCACGCCAUUUCUGCAUGGUUUGGUGUUUUUCGUCAUGGGGUUUUGCAUAUCUUGGAAUGGUCCUGCAACUAACAAUCCAAUACUUGCAGAGAUAGUCCCAGAGAGAGCUCGAACAAGCAUUUAUGCACUGGAUAGAUCAUUCGAAUCAAUAUUGGCAUCAUUUGCUCCCCCAGUGGUUGGCAUUUUGGCUCAGCAUGUCUAUGGCUUCAAACCUAUUCAAAAGGGAUCAACGGGCUCCCGAGGAAUCAAAACGGAUCGGGAGAAUGGUGCAUCACUUGCUAAGGCACUUUACACUGCCAUUGGACUCCCUAUGGCAAUAUGUUGCUUUGUCUAUUCAUUCCUAUAUUGUACAUACCCAAGGGAUAGAGAAAGAGCUAGAAUGGACGCAUUGAUACAGUCUGAGAUGGAGAGUAUUGAACCUCCAAGAGAAGAACGUGAUGAACUUCGUACAAAAGAGCAAACUGUGAUUAGUUUGGAUUAUGAAGGAGAUGAAAGCUUUGGUUUUGAUGAAAGCGAUGGUGAAAGGCUUCUUCAAAUCCCGAUCAGAUGAUGGAGAUGAUGAUAUACUAGUAUGAUGGAGUGCAUCAAGCAUUCAAGCAUGUAUUUUAAGUGACUGUCUACAAACAUAUACUUCUAACAGCUGGCUGUAUAUAUUGAACGCCAUUAAGUCUCAUGUUUUUUCAUGCUAAUUUCUUGUGUUUAGAGUUAGCUUCUUUUCAUAUGCAUAUAGCUUGUUAGCUACUAUUGUGCAAUGCUUUCACACUAUAUAUUUGAAUAUACUUGUGAGUGUUAGGAUGUUUUUAGGAUUGAUUUUUUU